AUGGCCUGCAGAAAUAUCAAUGUACAAAAUGUUUCAAAAAUUGUCAGAUAUUUCUCACAAAAAGUCACUGAACAAGGUACGUGUAACAUUGUUUCAAAAUUAUGAUUCAAUAAAAAAAAAACUUAUAGGUUCCAUAUAAUACUGUAACAUACAAUUUAUUAUAUAUAAAUUGGAUUUUUUUAUUUAUAAUUCCAAUGAAAAUAUUUUAUUUCUUAUAAUACAACUAAAUUGUUAAUAUUUAUUUUUUCCCUUUAGAAUCGAAAAUUUCGUCACGAAUGGGAUUUUUACUCGGCAAACCACUGUAUUUAGAUGCCCAGGCAACAACCCCACUUGUAAGUAUAUAAUAUUACUGGAAAACUUGAAGUCACUUGAAAUAGUAUAAUAGUAUUCUGACCAAUACAGUAAUUUUAUCAAUAUAUAUAACUGGGUCCAAUGUAAAUUUUAUUCAUAAAAUAUAUUUUUAUACAAAGUAUACAUUUUACUUGUAUAGCACAGUUAAUUGCAUAGUAUGUGCAUUAUAUGUAUUAUGAUGUCUUUAAAAUUUAUUGUAUAGUUCUUUAAUAAUUUGAUAAUUAUAUUAUUUUAGGAUCCUAGAGUUUUGGAUGCUAUGAUGCCUUACAUGACAUACAGUUAUGGAAAUCCACAUUCUCGUACCCAUUUGUAUGGAUGGGAAAGUGAAGAAGCUGUUGAAACAGCUAGACAGGUGUGCAUUUAAAAUAAUUUAAGUGUAAUAUUCUUAUAUUAAACUUCAGAAUUUGUUUAGCAUAUUGCAGAUUUGGUUGGUGCCAAUCCUAAAGAAAUAAUAUUCACAUCAGGAGCAACAGAAUCUAAUAAUUUAGCUAUUAAAGGUAUUGCUCAUUUUUAUGGAUCUAAAAAACGACAUAUUAUUACUACACAAACCGUAAGUCUUUACAAUAUUUUAAUUACAAUUGAAACAAUUAAUGUUAAUAUUUUAUUGGCGAAAUAGGAACAUAAAUGCGUUUUAGAUUCUUGUCGAGCAUUGGAAGGUGAAGGUUUUGAAAUUACAUAUUUACCAGUUUGUUCUUCGGGUAUAAUUUCCCUUGAUGAAUUGAAAUCUGCGAUACGCCCUGAUACUUCGUUAGUGUCUAUUAUGGCUGUAAAUAAUGAAAUUGGAGUUAAACAGCCAAUCAAAAAAAUUGGUAGUUUUUUUAAAAAAUUGUAGUCAAAAUAAGAUUUUUAAUUUAAACAUUUUUUUAGGUGAGCUAUGCAAGUCUAAAAAGGUGUUUUUUCACACUGAUGCAGCCCAGGCAGUUGGAAAAAUUAAUAUUGAUGUAAAUGAUCAAAAUAUUGAUCUGAUGUCUAUAAGUGGACAUAAAUUAUAUGGACCAAAAGGUAAAAUGUAAAAACUAUAUUUUUCAGAUAAUAUUAAAACAAUAUAUUUUUAUAAAAGGUAUUGGAGCACUUUUUGUUCGACGUAAGCCGAGAGUUCGUUUGGAACCUAUUCAGAGUGGUGGUGGUCAAGAGCGAGGUUUGAGGAGUGGAACUGUUCCAGCACCACUUGUUGUAGGAUUUGGUGAAGCUUGUAGAAUAGCUAAAAAUGAAUUAGAGGUUAGUCAAAUAUUUUAUAUUUCUUAUUUUGUAUACAUUUCAAGUUAUUAAUAUUUUCAAGAUAAAAUAUUAAUUUUGUAAUUAUUUUUCCUUCAUAUAGUAUGACCAUGCAUGGAUGACAAAACUUUCAAAUUUACUUUUAGAAAAAAUUACUAAGAAUCUUCCCGAAGUGGUUCGUAAUGGUGACGCUGUCCAUACCUAUCCAGGUUGUUUAAAUUUAUCAUUUGCAUUUGUUGAGGGAGAAUCACUACUUAUGGCCCUUAAAGAUAUUGCUUUAUCCAGUGGUAGUGCAUGCACAUCUGCAUCUUUAGAACCUUCAUAUGUAUUACGCGCUAUUGGAGCUGAUGAAGAUUUAGCACAUUCUUCUAUUAGGUGAUAUAAUUUGUAUUUUUAAAUAUAAUCAUUUCCAUGUAUAACUAACUAACUAUUGUAUCCAUAAUAGAUUUGGUUUUGGGCGUUUUACAACCAUAGAUGAAGUUGAAUAUACUGCUGAAAAAUGUAUAAAACACGUACAACGAUUACGAGAAAUGAGGUUAGUUUUUUCAAACUUUUUACUAAUAAAUACAAUACCUACAUUAGUUAAAUUAUAUUUUAGUCCAUUGUGGGAAAUGCAUCAAGAAGGUAUUGACAUUAAAUCAAUCAAGUGGUCUCAACAUUAA